UCCUGAGCUGCACCGGAAGUGUGGUGGCUACAAACAUCUCACAUGUGUAGCAAGAAUUACGUUUUUUUUUGUUAUUUAAAUCAGAAAUAUCAAUUUAGUGCCAAGCAUACUCUUUUAUUUAGACACCAUUUAGGUAAAACCUAUUUCCGUAAGAUAAGACCUUAAUUUCAUCCUAAUUUGACGCUUAUUUUCGAGUAGGGUAACUUCAACACAGUGAGCCUCAGUGGGGCUAGUCUGGCCAGGUUGAAGAGCCAUAACUUUUAGCCAAACAUGGACGACCUGGAGAAAGAACUGAACCCUCGUGAAGACAUGGAGAAUGAUGAUGAUGAUGCUGAUGACUCCUGUGACAACAGCUCUAGAAAAGAAGGAAGCUCAUUCAAGUUAGAUUUGAUCCAACCAAUUUGUCAAAAGACUCUGCACGAAAAUGGAUUUCACCAGAGCGUCAGACUGUGCCUGGAGUACAUCAGAGAAGCCAUGCUUCAUCACAGGUGGCUGGAGGCAGCAGAGUACAUGGCCAGCUAUGCACAAAUAUUAGAGGACAGAGUUAAUCUCACAGCACAGCAAUACAAAGAGCUUGUUUGGAGAAUCAGCACUGAGAUCCUUCACCAUCAUCCCAAAUCUACGAUGGAUGACUACAAUGUCAUAUAUGAACGGAUGAAGCAUUCAGGAUUUAAACAUUAUCUAAAGAUUUCUCUGGAACAUUCAUUCCACUUAAUGCUUCAUGGUCAGAUAGAAGCUGCUAAACAGAAACUGUCUGAAGCUGAAAGCUGGAGGCAUGGGAAGGAGACCACAUCCCAGUAUCAGAUGACUAAACUGAUUCAGGCCUACAGGAGUUUGUUGGAUUACAUCAUCUGGAAUGAGAAAAAAUCCAUGCUGUCAGGAAACGAUUCCUUUGAAUCUGACAGCCAAGGCAUGCAGAAUUACUAUCGACAAGCCUCGAUUAAUCUUAAGGAGAUUUUAAGUAACCCAGGUGUUUGGGAUCCUUUCAUCUUGAGUUAUGUUACGAUGCUGGAGUUCAAAGAGGAUCAAGAGGAGGCUCUGGAAGUCCUAAAUAAAUACGCGUAUGACGACAGCUUCCCACCCAAUCCUAAUGCGCACGUCUUUUUGUAUCAAUAUUUGAAGCGGCACGAUGCUUCGCAAAAGAAACUGAAAAGAGUGUUAAAGACCCUACAUUUUUUGGUUCCAAGCCACGAGUUGAUGUUGGAGUACUUCUCUCUUCUGCUUCAGUCAGGGAGUAAGAAAGAUCACCAGAAAGCUGUGGAGGUCGUUUUGGACAUGCUGGACUUUGCCUGCUGGAGGAGCAACCUGGAUGUGUGGAAAUGUUUGCAGAACAGCAUCCAGAAUCUGCAGACGGGAGAAGACUGGAAAAGCUUCAUCGAGGAGAAGAUGGCUGUGAGAAAGGAAUGGUGGCCUGCGCUGCACUACACAAAAUUCCAUGCCAUGAAGGACUCUGAGGAGAACCCAGAACUUCUGAAAGUAAAGGCAUCUCUGAUUUCAGUCCUUUGUCCAGACCGAACUCUCAAGUACUCUGUGGAGCUGGAAAGCUGUCAAGAAUAAUCUAAAAUAAAGACUACCUGAAAAGCCUGAAAAUAUCCAUAAAUGAUGCUUUUCUUUGGCACGUUUAUUACAGUAAUAAAGCAGGGGGAUUGGGAACCAUUUGUGCCGUCAGUUUUCACCACUAUGUGGAGAUCUUGCUUCAUGUUUUAUUGGGACUUUGCAGCCAGAAAAGCCUGUUCAUGACUUCAGUCAACAUUUUAAUGAAAGCUGAUACCCACAGACAAACCUUACUGAUUAUUGGAAUGUUUUUUUAAAUUAAACUGCCUCUGGUGCAGAAUCACUUUAGAAAAAAAAAGAUCUUUUUCUGUUUGCUUAUUAAAACAUGAUGUAAGAAUAUUUUUCCUUGCAAAGCACAGUCCUGACUUCCAAACACUUCAAUCCUGUCUUUUUCUCAUCCAGCUGCUUCCCAGUUUGAUAAGUGAACAUGUCGGUGCUGCUUGAGCUGCCCUGCAGUUAUUGCAUAAACCAGAGCCCAAAGCUUGUCCUGUCACAGGAGCAGCUGGCGGAGAUGGGGGCUGGGGCCGCACAACACAUGUUUGAAAAUGUAAAAUGCGGGGACAUGAAGGGAUGGAGCAGCCAGGAGCUGGUUUAUUGCGUUUAACAGUCCUGUGUGUCCUGCUUGUGAUGUUUUAGGUAUUUUAUUUGCUUUGCAUCCUCCUUAGGUUUAAGCCAUCAAUGCAGCUAAAUGGUUUUCAUUCUACAAAUUAAAAUUCUUUUUAAAUAAAGCUUGUUGAGGAAGAGA